AUGUCCAAUUUCAGCAAACUCGCACGGCAAAGGACGACGUACAUUGCCCUGAUCAUCGCAUCAUACGGACUUUUGUACGGGUUGGAUACAGCGACCACAGCAGUUGCAAUUCCUGCACUGAAAGGCGAUUUCAGGCUAGACUCGUUACAGAUCGAAUUCAUAUGCGCAAGUACAAUGCUGGGUGCUAUUUGUGGCCUCAUCUUCAUGAUCACGCUCGGGAACAAGUGGGGUCGGCGACUAGCACUGCUGGUUGACUCGAGUGUCUACAUUGUCGGGUUUCUGCUCACUGCUAUGUCCUCGUCGUUCUACAUGUGCAUCGUCGGGCGCGCAAUUAUUGGUGUCGCACACGGCAUCUCGACCAUGAUCGCACCUGUGUUUAUUGGCGAGAUAUCACCCAAGGCUCAUCGUGGGCUAUUUAUCACCUUCAAUAUGGUUGGGAUCAAUGUUGGCAUGUUGGGUGGGUUCAUUCUUUGCUGGAUUGCGACACUGGCAACAUUGAAUAACAGUUGGCGGUGGGUGUUUGCUCUCUGCGCCGUAUCCAGCCUUAUUUUGCUUGUGCUGAUGGUGCUUUUUGUGCCAAAUUCUCCACGCGACCUGAUUUUCCGUAACCGGGUGGACGAAGCCAGCAAGGUUAUCUCAAUGCUCAAUGGCCCUGCGACAUGGGACGCUGCCGAAGUCAGGCGUGAGAUCGAUGCAAUUGCCGAUGUGAUACAAAGCGAAAAAUGCGCAAGCUUCCGCCAGCUGUUUUCGAGAGCCAAUGCAAGGCCCCUCGCGAUUGCAUGCAUUCUCCAGGCCGCCAAGCAGUCGUCAGGAUUCAGCUCUCUUCAGUACUUCUCGGCAUAUCUGUUCCAGGUUAUCGGAGUGAGCGGGUCUAGCCGGUUCACCCAGGCACCUACGGUUAUUUUGAGCUGUGUGCAAGUAGCCUCAGUGCUCACCUCGCUCGGGGUUGUAGACCGAAUUGGCCGCAAGCGUCUGCUGUUGAUUUCAUUUGUGGCCAUGGCUGUGGGGCUCGUCGUACUGGGUGGUGCAUUCGUGACCAUCACCGGAUUCGAGCAGAUAAACAAGGCUGACUGCACGCUUUACACGCGGUGCGGAGCCUGCCUGCUUGACACGUCAUGCGGGUGGGCUGCGGCAGAAGGCAUUUGCCUUGCACGCAGCGCAGGCUCCACCACUGCUGUAGUGUUUUCCGAGAGCUGUCAGAUGCAUUUUGCACGCGAGCACAUUGGCAGCUGGUUGGCGGUGAUCUCCAUUAUUUUCUCCCUAGGCACGUUCACGCUUGGCUUGGGCAGCAUUCCAUGGGUGAUCCAGUCAGAGAUCUUUUGCCAGGCGAUGCGCAGCCGUGCUAGCGGUGUUGCAGCCAUAUUCAAUUGGCUGUUUUCGUAUACUUGGACCGUGUCGUUCCUGCAGCUGGCGUUCAACAUCACGCUUCCUGGCGUGUUCUGGUUCUAUGCGGCAUUGAUGUGUUCUACAAUUGGGUCUAUAUUCUGGAUGAUUCCAGAGACAUCAGGGAAGAGUCUCGAAGAGAUUACAGUGGAAUUGCGUUCUGCCUCGCUACUACAUCGAGAAAAGCAUACGCCCCAAGGCCCCACGACCGCUCUCGAAUAUACAUGA